GGGACAUUCGCCCGGCCUCUCGCUCUUUUUCCCUGCCUGAAUCGAGUCAGGCUCAGCCCGGGCUUUGGGCGCCGCGAUGGGGAUCCUGGAGAAGAUCGCGGAGAUCGAGAAAGAGAUCGCCCGGACCCAGAAGAACAAAGCCACUGAGUACCAUCUGGGUCUGCUGAAGGCGAAACUCGCAAAAUACAGAGCUCAGCUCCUGGAGCCUUCAAAAUCAGCUGCGGCAAAAGGCGAAGGGUUUGAUGUGAUGAAGUCUGGAGAUGCCCGGGUGGCUCUGAUCGGGUUUCCCUCUGUGGGUAAGUCCACCUUUCUGAGCUUAAUGACCUCCACUGCCAGCGAGGCGGCUUCCUACGAGUUCACGACGUUGACCUGCAUCCCUGGCGUCAUAGAGUACAAAGGAGCCAACAUUCAGCUUCUCGACCUGCCGGGAAUCAUAGAAGGAGCCGCACAAGGGAAAGGCCGUGGGCGUCAGGUGAUCGCCGUGGCCCGAACGGCGGACGUCGUCAUCAUGAUGUUGGAUGCCACGAAGGGGGAAGUGCAGAGAGCUCUGCUGGAAAGGGAGCUGGAAUCGGUGGGCAUCCGGCUGAACAAAUUGAAACCCAACAUCUACUUCAAGCCAAAGAAGGGUGGGGGCAUCUCCUUCAAUUCGACAGUGAUGCUAACCCAGUGCUCUGAGAAGUUGGUGCAACUCAUUCUCCAUGAAUACAAAAUCUUCAACGCUGAGGUUCUCUUCAGGGAAGACUGCUCACCCGACGAGUUCAUCGACGUGAUUGUCGGCAAUCGGGUCUACAUGCCCUGCCUUUAUGUGUACAACAAAAUCGACCAGAUCUCGAUGGAGGAAGUGGAUCGCCUGGCUCGGAAACCCCACAGCGUCGUGAUCAGCUGCGGCAUGAAACUCAACCUGGACUACCUGCUGGAGUUGCUUUGGGAAUACCUGGCGCUCACCUGCAUCUUCACCAAGAAAAGAGGCCAGAGGCCAGACUUCUCGGAUGCCAUAAUUCUGCGGAAGGGGGCCUCAGUGGAACACGUGUGCCAUCGGAUUCACCGGACGUUAGCCAGUCAGUUCAAAUAUGCCUUGGUCUGGGGCACCAGCACCAAGUACAGUCCCCAGCGAGUCGGCCUCAACCACCCGAUGGAGCACGAAGACGUGAUCCAGAUCGUCAAGAAGUAACCCCCGCUGUGCCGCUGACCCGCCAGUGCCUCGGCCUGCCCCGUGGAACUCCAGCACGACUCAAGAGCGGCCUGCGUAGAAGCCAAAAAAACCCCCUCAGGCUGGGGGCGGGCGGGGGAGGGGCGCUUUCCCAAAGCUCGCACGGGGGUAGGGGGAGACGGUGGAUGGGGCGGCGGCAGGCCGAGGGCUUCUUGUUUGAGCGCUGCUGUUCCUGGGUGCCUUUGAAGCCCUCCACGAGGGGGUCGCUUUUGGAUUUCUCAGCUACCUGCUCCUAAGGUAGCCCGAAGAAUUGGCCUUGGGUUCAGGGAACAAAUCUCUCCUGCCUUCUCAACCCCCCAGCUGGGACAAACAGCGCAUUGUUUUCUUCCUGGAUCAGAAACUGGGACUUGUGAACGCACACAAACACACACACACCCCGGACGGACAAAGCACGUGCUCAAAAUCACCGACAACGAAACCCAAAGGGCUCUGGGACAGCCACUUUGGAGAGCAGCAACUUCCCUGGGGCCUUCAGGAAACGAGGCCCCGAAAUGUGUCUUUUUGCAGAAUAGCGACCGAAAUGCUUCUCCUCCGACAGCGGCCGUGCCUCGGUUCCGGAACUUGACAGCUGGCCCUGGACCCCUUGAAAAAUCACGUUCCCAUUGGAUAAAAUAAAGAAUGAUUUCGGUUUUAUCGA